AUGCACCAGGGAGAGGAGACGGGGAAGUGGAAGGGACAAAAGAAAAGGAUGAGUGGCGGUGGACGAGCCAGCUCGAGACAGGUCCUGGUUCUCUCAUGGCUGCUCGUUGUCCCCUCUCUGACCCAGGUUCGCCACUCUCUGCCAGUCUUGUGGAUCAUGCCACUGACAGACAACCCAGGGCAGGGAAACCUCACGGCAUCCGUGUUGCCUGCUGUCCAGCUCGCUCUAGACGACCUGAGCAGGCAGCAGACUCCUCUAAGAAACUAUGAGAUCAAUUUUCACGUCAUAGAUUCAGAGGUAACAUUUGCUGGUGUAUUAGUGGAAUGGUGGUUUUUGACCAACAAGCCUAUUUUAGUGGUGUGUACAUUGUUUACGUGGAGAACAAUGUGAAAGGUAGUGUAUUUUAAUGCAAAAAUAAAAUGUAAGCUGUUCAGUGCAUUUGGAGUCAUGAUGAAGGGAGUGAGACAGUUCACUUUGUUUUCUCUUUGUCUUUUAGUGUGAUACUGCCAAAGGACUUAAAGCCUUCUUUGAUGCUAUAUGCUUUGGGCCAAAGUACUUGAUGAUCUUUGGAGGUUUGUGUCCAUCAGUCACAUCCGUCCUUGCUGAAUCACUACAGCGGUGGAACCUUGUACAGGUAUCGAGCACUGAGCAAACUUUUUACAUCACAAUGUAUUGUUUAUCAGAAUAGAGCAUGUUAUUUAAUAGGUGACAUACAGUGCAUUCGGAAAGUAUUCAGAUCCCUUGACUUUUUCCACAUUUGUUACAUUACAGCCUUGUUCUAAAAUUGAUUAAAUUAAUUUAAACAACGGAGAUAUCAGAUUUACAUAAGUAUUCAGACCCUUUACUUAGUACUUUGUUGAAGCACCUUUGGCAGAGAUUACAGCCUUGAGUCUUCUUGGGUAUGACGCUACAAGCUUGGCACACCUGUAUUUGGGGUGUUUCUCCCAUUCUUCUCUGCAGAUCCUCUGCAGGUUGGAUAGGGAGCAUUGCUGCACAGCUAUUUUCAGGUCUCUCCAGAGAUGUUCAAGUCUGGGCUCUGGCUGGGCAACUCAUGGACAUUCAGAGACUUGUGCCGAAGCCAGUCCUGAUUUGUCUUGGCUGUGUGCUUAGGAUCGUUGUCCUGUUGGAAUGUGAACCUCCGACCCCAGUCUGAGGUCCUGAGCGCUCUGGAGCAGGUUUUCAUCAAGGAUCUCUCUGUACUUUGCUCUGUUCAUCUUUGCCUCGAUCCUGACUAGUGUCCCAGUCCCUGCCACUGAAAAACAUCCCCACAGCAUGAUGCUGCCACCACGCUUCACCGUAGGGAUGGUGCCAGGAUUCCUCCAGAUGUGACACUUGGCAUUUAGGCCAAAGAGUUCAAUCUUGGUUUCAUCAGACCAGAUAAUCUUGUUUUAUCAUGGUCUGAGAGUCUUUAGGUGCCUUUUGGCAAACUCCAAGCAGGCUUUCAUGUGCCUUUUACUGAGGAGUAGCUUCCGUCUGGCCACUCUACCAUAAAGGCCUGAUUGGUGGAGUGCUGCAGAGAUGGCUGUCCUUCUGGAAGGUUCUCCCAUCUCCAAGGAGGAACUCUAGAACUCUGUCAGCGUGACCAUCGGGUUCUUGGUCACCUCCCUGACCAAGGCCCCUUCUCCCCCGAUUGCUCAGUUUGGCCGGGCAGCCAACUUUAGGAAGAGUCUUGGUGGUUCCAAACUUCUUCCAUUUAAGAAUUAUGGAGGCCACUGUGUUCUUGAUGACCUUCAAUGCUGCAGACAUUUUUUGGUACCCUUCCCCAGAUCUGUGCCUCGACACAAUCCUGUCUCGGAGUGCUACGGAAAAUUCCUUAGUGAAAAGAAAAACAACUUUUUUCGCUUUGUCAUUAUGAGGUAUUGUGUGUAGAUUGAUGAGGGAAAAAAAUAAUUUAAUAAAUUUUAGGACAAGACUGUAAUGUAACAAAAUGUGGAAAAAGUCAAGGGGUCUGAAUACUUUCAGAAUGCGCUGUACAUGCAAAUCACACAAUUGCUGGUACUUUCAAAUAAUGAUAUUGUGCUCUUCUAGCCUAACAUUAUCACACAUUCAAUAUUUCAGCUAUAUUUCCCUGCAACAACGCCUGUUUUAGAUUGUGAGAAAAAAUAUCCCAACUUCUUCCGAAUGGUCACCUCGGACAACACAGUCAAUCAGGCUGUUGUGAAGAUCCUACAGAACUACAAGUGGAGGCGUGUAGGAACUCUGACCCAGGAUGUACAGAGGAUCUCAGAGGUACCACUGACCUUGGUACCACUUUCUGUCACAUGGCUGUUUCAGCUGGUGUACAAUGUAGACGUUAUCACCAUUUACAAGCAGGGAUACAAAGGUAUCAGGCAGUAGUCUAUUGAUUCAGACUGCUGACAAACUAUGCUGUCUUGUGUGAAAUCUGAAGUUUAUAUUGUCCUGUCCUUGACAGAUAAGGAGAGAUCUGACUAAACAGCUGAGCAAGGCUGAUGUUAUGGUUGCUGUAACUGAAAGCCUGUCCACUGACCCAUGUGUCAAUGUAAAGAAAUUGAAGGUGAGUAAUAUGCCCAAAUCAUCUUUACUUACAAAGUUUGAAUUAGGCACUCAAUUGCAUCAUUUCAGAAAAUUGCAGCUGCAUCGUCAAUGUGUCAAUCUCGAGGCUCUGCCUUUUCUUUGUUUUGUAUCAUGUCCCUUUCGACAGGAUAUGGAUGUAAGGAUCAUUAUUGGGCUGUUUGACGAGAAUUCAGCGUCCAAAGUGUUUUGCUGUGUGAGUACAUAACCAGAAAACCUCAGUUUAAAUCUGAUGCGAUGCAACACCAUGCCAUCAUUGAUGAUUAGCACUUGUUUGAGACAAAGAUUAAUGGCAGUUUAACAGAGCAUUCAUCAUACUAUUACUUUUUAAUUAUCUUUAUGAUAACCAUUUGCCUUUGUAAUUACCCUAUAACCUUUUUCUUCUAGGCUUACAGCCUGAACAUGUUUGGCGGGAGGUAUCAGUGGAUCCUCCCUGGCGGUUACCAGGGGAGCUGGUGGGAGGAGGCCAACUCCUCCAACUGUACUUCAAACAACCUGCUGACCGCUAUGGAGGGCCAUAUCAUUGUGGACUUCACACACCUCAGUAACAGACAGAUCAAAGGCAUCUCAGGAAGGGUAGGUCCUGAGGUUUUCAGCAAGGAACAGCAUAUUCCGUCGAUACUGUACCAUGCUCUCUCUGAUGGAUAAGUAGUGUUUAUAACAAAAAUUGGCCAUAAUGUUGAAAACAUCAAACAGUGUAUUUGCAAUGUUGCAAAGGUAAUGCAAGAGCAUUAAGAGAAGUUAAACAAGCACCUUUGUGUUUCUGUUUAGACCCCACAAGAGUAUGACGAGACUUACAAACAGAGAGCUGCUGCAGAAAGGGUUAGUUGCCAGCAAGUUCCAUGGGUUUGCCUAUGAUGGAGUUUGGGUGAUGGUGAAAGCAUUGACCAGGGUCAUUGAGUCGGUAAGAUACAGAGAGAGAUAUGACAUCCACCGGAACUUCACAGUCAGCGAUAAGGAGAUUGGACGAAUGGUCCUGGAUUCCAUGAAGGAAAUCCGCUUUGAGGGUGUAACUGUAAGUUAGCAUGACUGUUGUGUUAACAUUCCAUUUUAGAUAGAUCAUUGCUCCAAAAGACUAAAGAUAAGAUGUGUUUUACAAAUAAUGUUCUCAAAUUGACAGUUUUUUUUUUUUUUUCAGGGUCAAGUUCUGUUUAGAAAUGGUGAACGCAUGGGAACUAUUAACUUAAGCCAAUUUCAAGGUAAACAUUACAGAUGUGUAUUUCCAUGAAUUUAGAGAACAUUCUUUGUGAAAUAUUAUCAACUGCUUGUGUUUCCACAGAGGGCCGGGAGGUCAAGAUAGGCCAGUAUAAUGCUGAAGCAGAAGUAUUGGAACUCAUCAACCACUUAAUCAGGUUUCAAGGUAGGAGCUACAGUAUUAGGACAAGGCAUUAAGCAAGUUCAUGAUGACACCUCAACUAUAAAAAAAAAGACCACCAAUUUACCAUUAGAGUUGUUUGUUUUGUGUGUUUUGUUUUACAGUCUUUGCGUUCUUCUUGUUUGUGCCUUUCACAGGGAUGGAGCCGCCUAAAGACCGGACACACUCCCAGCGAUGGGAUGUCAGUGUUCCCCUCUGCCAUCAUCUUGUCAUCCACCACUGGCCUGGCCAUGCUCAUGGCACUCUCCUUCCUCUUCUUCCACAUCAAGCACCGCAACCAUUGGUAUGAUCAUUAUUCCAAGCGUCUUGUAUUGGCUUGUAAUUGAACUAGAUACUUUUUGAGGUAGCUUACAUCGAAACACAAGCUUGUUCUUUCUUUCAUUGUUGUCCAUCUUACUCAGUCACAUGCUCUGCUCAGACAAGGCAGCCUGUUAAAAUAUCUCAAUAUUUGUUUUUCCCAUAGGGUCAUUAAGAAGUCCAGUCCGUCCAUGAACUACCUCAUUAUCCUGGGUACGAUGCUGGCCUGUACCUCCGUCUUCCUCUAUGGGCUGGAUGGAUCCCUUGUGACUGACAAAGUGUUUGUCACGCUUUGCCCUGUGAGUACACAUGAGCUUAAACGUCUAAGCAUUUUAGUGAUAAGAAGAGAGAACCCUUGUUUAAAAGGGAUGCAUGUUGUUUUAGACAUUUUCCUCCUCUUGUCACAGAUUCGCACAUGGAUUCUUUCUGUAGGAUACACCACAACUUUUGGGGCAUUGUUUGCAAAAACCUGGAGGGUCUGGACAAUUGUCAACAAUAAGGAGAUAAUGAAAAAGGUAAACUCAAAGUUAAAAAGGUAAACUCAAAGUUAAAAAGGUAAACUCAAAGUUAAAAAGGUAAACUCAAAGUUAAAAAGGUAAACUCAACGUUAAAAAAGGUAAACUCAAAGUUAAAAAGGUAAACUCAAAGUUGAAAAGGUAAACUCAAAGUUGAAAAGGUAAACUCAAAGUUGAAAAGGUAAACUCAAAGUUGAAAAGGUAAAACUCAAAGUUAUAAAGGUAAACUCAAAGUUAUAAAGGUAAACUCAAAGUUUAAAAGGUAAACUCAAAGUAAAGAAGUUAAAGAAACUCAAAAAGUACAGCCCUUUUAAUCACCAUCUCUCCUGUCUAAUAUUUAAUACUCAUCCUCUCCCUCUCUGUUCUUUCUUCAGAUUAUUAAGGAUUACCAACUAUGGAUUAUUGUCGGGGGAAUGCUGCUGAUCGAUCUGUGCCUCUUAAUCUGCUGGCAGAUGGUGGAUCCACUCAGACGAACAGUGGAAGAGUUCAGCCUAGAGGUAACACUUUAAUAUAAACUCAGCAAAAAAAGAAACGUCCUCUCACUGUCAACUGCGUUUAUUUUCAGCAAAUUUAACGUGUAAAUAUUUGUAUGAACAUAACAAGAUUCAACAACUAAGACAUGUGACUAACAGAAAUUGAAAAAUGUGUCCCUGAACAAAAGGGGGGUCAAAAUCAAAAGUAACAGUCAGUAUCUGGUGUGGCCACCAGCUGCAUUAAGUACUGCAGUGCAUCUCCUCCUCAUGGACUGCACCAGAUUUGCCAGUUCUUGCUGUGAGAUGUUACCCCACUCUUCCACCAAGGCACCUGCAAGUUCCCUGGACAUUUCUGGGGGGGAAUGGCCCUAGCCCUCACCCUCCAAUCCAACAGGUCCCAGACGUGCUCAAUGGGAUUGAGAUCCGGGCUCUUCGCUGACAAUCCUGUCUUGCAGGAAGUCACGCACAGAUCGAGCAGUAUGGCUGGUGGCAUUGUCAUGCUGAAGGGUCAUGUCAGGAUGAGCCUGCAGGAAGGGUACCACAUGAGGGAGGAGGAUGUCUUCCCUGUAACGCACAGCUUUGAGAUUGCCUGCAAUGACAAGCUCAGGCCGAUGAUGCUGUGACACACCGCCCCAGACCAUGACGGACCCUCCACCUCCAAAUCGAUCCCACUCCAGAGUACAGGCCUCGGUGUAAACGCUCAUUCUUCGACGAUAAACACGAAUCCGACCAUCACCCAUGUUGAGACAAAACCGCGACUCGUCAGUGAAGAGCACUUUUUGCCAGUCCUGUCUGGUCCAGCGACGGUGGGUUUGUGCCCAUAGGCGACAUUGUUGCCGGUGGACAGUCUGAGCACUGAUGGAGGGAUUGUGCAUUCCUGGUGUAAACUCGGGCAGUUGUUGUUGCCAUCCUGUACCUGUCCCGCAGGUGUGACUUUCGGAUGUACUGAUCCUGUGCAGGUGUUGUUACACGUGGUCUGCCACUGUGAGGACAAUCAGCUGUCCGUCCUGUCUCCCUGUAGCGCUGUCUUAGGCGUCUCACAGUACGGACAUUGCAAUUUAAUGCCCUGGUCACAUCUGCAGUCCUCAUCCUCCUUGCAGCAUGCCUAAGGCACGUUCAUGCAGAUAAGCAGGGACCUGGGCAUCUUUCUUUGGUGUUUUUCAGAGUCAGUAGAAAGGCCUCUUUAGUGUCCUAAGUUUUCAUAACUGUGACCUUAAUUGCCUACCGUCUGUAAGCUGUUAGUGUCUUAACAACCGUUCCACAGGUGCAUGUUUUUUAAUGUUUUUUGUUUUUGAACAAAGCAGGAAAAACAGUUUUUUUUAAACCUUUUAAAGAAGACCCGUGAAUAUUUGGUUUUUCGAAUUAUUUUUGAAAGACAGGGUCCUGAAAAAAGGACUUUUUUUUUUUGUGAGUUUAAUAUAAUUUUUUGUUUUUAACCUUGGUCUUGUUCUUUUUUUUAUUUUUUUGGUUGGGGGAUACAGCCAUUUUUUUAAAGUUACCCCUCUCAAUUUAAACCCCUUUUUGUUUAAUUUCCCCAGUAUUGUGUGCUUGCUAUGUUUUGCAGUAUGCCCCUUCUUUGAUGCCCUUUUGCUCUUAGAAAGGGAAUUUUUAUUUGAUUUUAUUUUAUUUUCCCCUUUAAGAGUCUAGCAAUCUGAAAGGAGCAAUAAAAGUAUUUUUAAUUAUUUUUAUCAUUUUUUAGUCCAGAUUGUAUAUUACUCAGUAUAUCUUUUAGAAAAAAACAGUGGAACAGUUCAGCUUGGAGGUUAAUCAUCAGACAGGGUAGUAUUGGCCCAAGGGGGCCUUCGUCCCAUCAUCAACAUGCGUUAAUUUUAAAAAGGUGCAAAAUGUGUAAUGCUCUGGGAAGUAUCAUUAAAUUUAGUUAACGGUUUACCAUUCACUCUGCCCCCCUCCACAAAAUCCACCCUAUUGCCCAAACCCUUUUAGCCCUGGACACUAUAUACUCCCACUGAAAUUACCACCAGAGUUGAAUCCCCUUUGUUGAAGGUAAAAAGUUUAACCUCGUACAUCAGGGUUGGGAAUGAAAAAAAAUAGGGGCUUUUUAAAGAAAUGAGAUUUUUUGGUUUUACUGUCGAUCCAAGAUUACAGUAAAUUGGGUAGGGUUAACCUCUGCUCUAGUUGGAGUGACCAUGGGGGUUGUGUAAAGGGGUCAUUCGGGAAAAGUCGACCAUGUGGUUGUAGAAAAAAGGGGUCUUUUGGAACGACCAGGGGGUUUUUUGAAAUGGCCAUUUCGGAGGGACCUUUGGGGUUUGUAAAAAAUGGUCGGUUGGAGUCGACCAUGUGGUUGUGUAAAGGUCUGGUCUGGAGCCGAUCUGUGGUAGUAGUAAAUGGCUCAUUUUGGAGUGGGCCCCAUGUGGUUGUAGAAAAGGCCUGGUCUGGAGUCGCCCAUGGGUUGUAUUUAAAUGGCUCGGUCGACCCGAUAUGUGGUAGUAGUAAAGGGUUUAAGUUGGAGUCGACCUUUGGGUUGAGUAAAUAGUUCUGGUCAAAAGUCAACCAUGGGGUUUAGAGAGUAAAAAAGGAAACUCAGAGGGGAUAAAAAUUUUAAAAAAUAGUUUUUCCUUUUUUGGGGUGUUUCAGACUGAUCGUGGUGGUAAAGAGGGUUAAACAAGGCCCUUUGGAGCAGUAAAAAAGUACAAACAUGACUAAAAUGGCCCCUUUGUAUAUGGUACAAAGGGCUUCAAAUGGGAGGAUUUGCCAGAAACCCUGUUCAACCCAGGAUUUUUUUAAAAACCCAAAGCGGUAAUCAGGAUUUUUUUCCCAAUUUUUCCCUUUAGUUACUUGGAUUUUUCCUGGCCUUGAGAACCGGCAUAAAAACAUACCAUCUCCCCGAUGAUGAUGACAGCAAGAACAGGCUGAGCUGUAUAGUGACCGUCAGGUCUAUCAUUGGGAACAUCAGGGUGUUUCCCCUGCCCCCGGGAAACCCCUAAGUAAGCUCUUCAUCGGGGUUUUGGGUUGGCAUCUCCUGCUGUCCUGCCCCCUGUGCUGGUUUUUCCCCCAAAGGUGUCACCUGCCUAUCCAAAAACCCCCUCUUGUAACUUUUAAAACUCUCAUGUUGAAAUAUCAAAUUUUAUCUCAAUGUCCUCUUUUUUUACUCACACUUGUGUAAGUUAGAGAUUUUGGAUGGGGAAAACACCCCAUCUUAAAAAAAUAUGAUUGAUGCUUCUGUUUUGUAUCCUAGUUUUAUAGAAACAGAGAAAUUCCCAACAAGUGGACCCCAACUAGCGGUUCCAAUGUGUCCUAACCAGGGGGACCGGAGCCCUCAGUUUUUUCGCAGUCUCAAUCAGGGCAGCAGAUCUCUUGAAAGCCUGGAAAUGAAAACCGCAGUCGGGAGGAGAAUACAAGGUGGUUCGACCCCUUGUCUUGAGUUAAACAAUUCACAGAACUUUAAAAACCUUUGUGGUUUGAAACCCAUGUGUUGUAAGCAAAAAAUAUUAAUCCCAUUCAGCCCGGGAAUUUUGGGGAAAUUUAACAUAUAAAUGGUUUGCAGAUUGGAAACCAGUUGGAGGAUGUCGCCAUGCAAGUACUGGGGAAAAGAGUGAGCCCUCCCAGUCGACGGGGGCCAUGAGGGGCUUUGAGAGCCCA